AUGGUCUUGCACAACAACCACAGCCAUCCCAACAACAAUCCCCACAACAACCACGGCAGCAUCUCCCACAACAUCCACGACUGCUCAGCUCACAACAACCACAGCAAGUCCCACAACAUCCACGGCUGCUGCAACAUCAACAACCAUCCCCACAACAACCACAGAUGGUCUUGCAACAACCACAGCCAUCCCCACAACAACUACAGCCAUCCCCACAACAACCCCAGCUGCUCCCACAACAACCACAGCAGGUCUCACAACAACCACACCAGGUCUCACAACAACCACAGCCAUCCCCACAACAACCACGGCUGCUGCAACAUCAACAACCAUCCCCACAACAUUCACGACUGCUGCAACAUCAACAAUCAUCCCCACAACAACCACAGAUGCUCUUACAACAACCACAGCCAUCCCCACAACAACUACAGCCAUCCCCACAACAACCCAAGCUACUCCCACAACAACCACAGCAGCUCUCACAACAACCACAGCAAGUCCCACAACAUCCACGGCUGCUGCAACAUCAACAACCAUCCCCACAACAACCACAGAUGGUCUUGCAACAACCACAGCCAUCCCCACAACAACUACAGCCAUCCCCACAACAACCCCAGCUGCUCCCACAACAACCACAGCAGGUCUCACAACAACCACAGCAGGUCUCACAACAACCACAGCCAUCCCCACAACAACCACGGCUGCUGCAACAUCAACAACCAUCCCCACAACAUCCACGACUGCUGCAACAUCAACAAUAAUCCCCACAACAACCACAGAUGCUCUUACAACAACCACAGCCAUCCCCACAACAACUACAGCCAUCCCCACAACAACCCAAUCUACUCCCACAACAACCACAGCAGCUCUCACAACAACCACAGCAUCUCCCACAACAUCCACGGCUGCUGCAACAUCAACAACCAUCCCCACAACAACCACAGAUGGUCUUGCAACAACCACAGCCAUCCCAACAACAACUACAGCCAUCCCCACAACAACCCCAGCUGCUCCCACAACAACUACAGCCAUCCCCACAACAACCCAAGCUACUCCCACAACAACCACAGCAGCUCUCACAACAACCACAGCAAGUCCCACAACAUCCACGGCUGCUGCAACAUCAACAACCAUCCACACAACAACCACAGAUGGUCUUGCAACAACCACAGCCAUCCCCACAACAACUACAGCCAUCCCCACAACAACCCCAGCUGCUCCCACAACAACCACAGCAGGUCUCACAACAACCACAGCCAUCCCCACAACAACCACGGCUGCUGCAACAUCAACAACCAUCCCCACAACAUCCACGACUGCUGCAACAUCAACAAUCAUCCCCACAACAACCACAGAUGCUCUUACAACAACCACAGCCAUCCCCACAACAACUACAGCCAUCCCCACAACAACCCAAGCUACUCCCACAACAACCACAGCAGCUCUCACAACAACCACAGCAUCUCCCACAACAUCCACGGCUGCUGCAACAUCAACAACCAUCCCCACAACAACCACAGAUGGUCUUGCAACAACCACAGCCAUCCCCACAACAACUACAGCCAUCCCCACAACAACCCCAGCUGCUCCCACAACAACCACAGCAGCUCUCACAACAACCACAGCCAUCCCCACAACAACCACGGCUGCUGCAACAUCAACAACCAUCCCCACAACAUCCACGACUGCUGCAACAUCAACAAUCAUCCCCACAACAACCACAGAUGCUCUUACAACAACCACAGCCAUCCCCACAACAACUACAGCCAUCCCCACAACAACCCCAGCUGCUCCCACAACAACCACAGCAGCUCUCACAACAACCACAGCCAUCCCCACAACAACCACGGCUGCUGCAACAUCAACAACAAUCCCCACAACAUCCACGACUGCUGCAACAUCAACAAUCAUCCCCACAACAACCACAGAUGCUCUUACAACAACCACAGCCAUCCCCACAACAACUACAGCCAUCCCCACAACAACCCAAGCUACUCCCACAACAACCACAGCAGCUCUCACAACAACCACAGCAUCUCCCACAACAUCCACAGCUGCUGCAACAUCAACAACCAUCCCCACAACAACCACAGAUGCUCUUACAACAACCACAGCCAUCCCCACAACAACUACAGCCAUCCCCACAACAACCCCAGCUGCUCCCACAACAACCACAGCAGGUCUCACAACAACCACAGCAGGUCUCACAACAACCACAGCCAUCCCCACAACAACCACGGCUGCUGCAACAUCAACAACCAUCCCCACAACAUCCACGACUGCUGCAACAUCAAUAAUCAUCCCCACAACAACCACAGCCAUCCCCACAACAACGACAGCCAUCCCCACAACAACCCAAGCUACUCCCACAACAACCACAGCAGCUCUCACAACAACCACAGCAUCCCCCACAACAUCCACAGCUGCUGCAACAUCAACAACCAUCCCCACAACAACCACAGAUGGUCUUGCAACAACCACAGCCAUCCCCACAACAACUACAGCCAUCCCCACAACAACCCCAGCUGCUCCCACAACAACCACAGCAGCUCUCACAACAACCACAGCCAUCCCCACAACAACCACGGCUGCUGCAACAUCAACAACCAUCCCCACAACUGCUGCCACGACAACAAUAGCAGAUCCCACAACAACCACAGCUGCUUCCAUAACAACCACUGCUGCUCGCAUAACAACUGCAACCUCACCCACAACAACCAUAUCUUCUCCCACAACAACCACAUUUGCCCUCAUAGCAACAGCAACAGCAGCUGCUGCAAUAACAACCACAGAUGCGUCAACAACAACCACAGCCAUCCCCACCACAACCACAGCUGCUCCCACUACAACCACAGCUGCUGCUACGCCAACUACAGCUGCUCCAGCAACAACCACAGCUGCUCUGAUCAAAGCUACCACAACACCGGCACCUCCACCACCGGAGGUGAAGUUGGAGUUCAAAUUAGAGCAAAACUUCACGGCAGACUUGAAUAAUACAUCUUCAGCAGAGUUCCAUGCAUUAGCAACCAUUGUGGCUACAGCGUUGAACACAGUUUACCAAAACAAAUAUGGAUCCCGUUUCAAUCGCACAGAGGUCCUAGGUUUCAGUAAAGGUUCGGUUGUGGUAGACGCUAAGCUGAUAUUUAACAAUGCCAGCUCAGUCCCUGAGUCCAGUGCGGUGGUCACAACUUUGACAGAGAGUGUCUCAAGCAACAGCUCUAAUUUCUCUCUCCCAGUGAACACAGCUUCUAUCACGGCAAUAAGAGUUGUUUCAACCCCAGCUCCAACUACUACUUCUACUCCGGUUCCUCCAAUGUCAACAACGUAUAUGGUCGCGCACGCAACGUCCGCCCCUUUGAACAUGUCAAUGCAGCACAUUACGGGGAAUGCAACUUCGGCCCCCUCAAACGUGUCAACUACAAACACAGUAGUUGACACGGUAGUCAACACAACAGCCCUUGCAACGACCACAGUAGUCAAUGCAACGGCACC